GCCUCCUUUCUCCUCCUGAGGCGAUUCCGUCCCCGCCUUAUUUCACCCGCGGCGCGCCGGAAGCCGCCUUGGGCGAGCGGAAGCGUCCCUCCGCGCAGGCGCAGAGCGGCGGCGGUUUGUCCCCCCCCCCUGCCUGAGGCGAUGCUGUUCUCCCUGCGGGAGCUGGUUCAGUGGCUGGGCUUCGCGCCCCUGGAGCUGCUCCUGCAGGCGCUGGCGCUGCUGGCGGCGUCGGCGCUGCUGGUGCUGAAGGCGGACGGCGGGGAGUCCGGGGCGGCGCUGAGCUGGUGGGCGGUGCUGGCGGCCUUCUUCGCGGCCGACGGGCUGAGCGCCUACUUCAGCACCAUCGUGUCGGUGCGGCUCUUCCAGGACGGCGAGAAGCGGCUGGCGGUGCUGCGGCUGCUGUGGGUGCUGACGCUGCUGAGCCUCAAGUUCGUCUUCGAGGUGCUGCUGGGCCAGAAGCUGGCGGGCCAGAGCCGGGAGCUGUGGUUCGGGCUGCUGCUCUCGCCCGUCUUCAUCCUGCUGCAGCUGCUGAUGAUCCGGGCCUGCAGGGUCAACUAGGGAGGGAAGAAGCAGAGCCAGGAGGAGGACAGGGAAAGCGAAAUAGAAGGCCGGGGAAAGGAGAGGAAGGCAGAGGAAAGAAGAAAAGCAAGGCAAAGGAAAGGAAACCGAGAGAAAGGCAGGCACACAAGACACACACACCCCACAUCCACCUGCAGCAGCAGCUGAGCACUCGGCCAGCCCAGAGAGAGGAGGUGGAAGAAAGCAAAGCAUGCAUGCACGCACGUACCGGCAGCAGCAGCGGCUGAGCGCUUGGCCCAGGGAGAAGAGGCAGAUGAGAGCGAAGCAACAAUCACCCCCACCAUCCCCCACCGCACACCUGGGAGAGGAGGCGGAGGAGAAAGAGGCAAGACCAAGCAAGAACGCCGUCCACACCUGCCACACCAGCAGAGCGUUCGGGACUGUGCCACAGAGAGGAGGUGGAGGAGAGCAACGCAAACGCACAAACACAACUCUGGCCUGCUGCCCCGGCUGAGCUCUCAGGACCCGCCUAGAGAGAGGAGGCAGCGGCAGGGCUCAGCUCCUCUUCCACGGCCACCUAUCCAAUGCACGCUGCUGCUCCUUCCCACUGCGCCAUUACGGCACGGAACUGCGCCCGCCCUGCAUGAACCGGGGUGACUGCUUUUGCGCCCUCGCUUGGACCCUGCAGUGCUGCCCUCGGACCCUCUGCCGCCCCGUGAGCCUAUCGGACCCUCCCUCCACCCCCAAAAAAGGUUGGACCCUCAACGUAGUUAUUUAAGAAUAAAAACUCACAACCCGGGAGAAAUAUUAGCAGCGAACUCUGAAUUGCAGGGGGUUGAGCUAGAGGACUUUGGGAGUCCUUCCAACUCUGUGAUGAUUCUGUGGACACUUUAUCUUUCCCCAUCCUGGAAUGGCCAUUGCGUGCGUCCCGCCAGCUCCUACAUUCCUGGUAUCAUAGAGCAAAAACAAGUUUGCCUGCGUUCUCUGAACAUGUGCAGUUUUGCAAUUUAUUUAUUUUUUUAGGACACUUUAUCAUUGUACCACCAGGAAUGAAAUGAAGCCUUCUGGCCCUUUCAAGUCUGCCCUGAUACUAGAAAGGUUUACUUGAGAGUGGAAGGAUGGCACCAGUUUGUUUAGUAAAACAAUAAAAGUUUAAAAAAUACAAAAACGA